AAACAAUCCUUCCAGUCCACCUGCUCUGUAGGCUAACUGGGAAAAAAUUCGUGACAUAUGGCUCAGUUAUUGAGAAAUAAUUUCUUUAGAAUAAUUUUUAAUGCGAUGCUCGACUAAGAAUAGUAACAUAUUUGGAUCGACCACUAAGCAGAAUUGUAGCAGAAUUUAGAAGCAGAAGUGUUUUAAUGUACCCCACCACUGCCGUUUCGAUCGAGUGAUAAAACGUGAUGGUGAGGCUGUUGCUAUAGAAACGGAUAAGCAGGGAAGACGGCAAGCCCGAAGACCGAAAUAAUAGAUUGAGAGAGACGGCUACCCUACGAGAGCAGGGAAGGCAGCGAGGGAUUUCUGGAUGUUGAGAACGUGAAGGAAAAUAAGAAGUGGUGAUUUUACAGAAAGGUAAACAUCUGUAAGAAGAGGGGAAAGAGAGACAUGUCGGAGAGGAUUGCUUCUUGUGGAAACCUUUAUGACACCACAACGCUUCUUCUACAGUACUGCAACGAUGACAACCUGUCGGCAGGCAGUGCCAUGGAGGUGGACGACCGUCUGGCUCACCUGGAGCAGCGCGUCCAGCUGCAGGAGGACGAGAUCCAGCUGCUGAAGGCGGCGCUGGCCGACGCCCUGCGCAGGCUGGGGUGCUGCGAGGAGCAGGGCCAGCAGCCCGGGAAGAGGGGCGCGCCCAUCAGGGCUGAGGGCCUGCUGCCGGGAUGUCCCGGCGCUCUCCGGAAUGCAGGAGUCCGUCAGCUCUUGCAAGCCUUACCAUCCAAGCACCUCAGCAAUGGCUACCUGCCCCAGAAACAGCUGGGCGGCUUCCCUUCCUCCCCCUCAUCCCCUAAAAAGGAGGUGCUGCUGUCAAUCAAAAGGAAAAGCGUGUCGACAGAGCGCUUAUCCACGGCAAGGAGAGACAUGUCGUCAGACUCCCGCAGCCGAACCACCUCCUCCAGCAGCUCCUCCUGCAGCAAGAGAGACAGCAAAUCCAAAGAAUGCACCGUCAAUGCCGAGGACGGGUAUGUGCGCAUGUUUCUGCGCGGACGCCCAGUCACCAUGCAGAUCCCAGACCAGCUGAGGGACAGCUACAGCCUGGACAGCAAGCUGGACCUGACUGAGCGCAAGCUGAAACUGCAGUGGGCGUACGGUUACAGGGGCCGAGACUGCCGCUCUAACCUGUACCUGCUUCCCACGGGUGAGAUCGUCUACUUCAUCGCCUCGGCCGUGGUGCUGUACAAUGUGGAGGAGCAGCAGCAGAGGCACUACCUGGGCCACAACGACGACGUCAAGUGUUUGGGAGUCCAUCCAGACAUGGUCACCAUAGCAACUGGACAAGUUGCUGGAACCUCCAAAGAUGGCAAGCAAUUGGCCCCUCAUGUUCGAGUGUGGGACUCGGUCAGUCUCAACACCCUCCAUGUUAUUGGGACAGGGGUGUUUGACCGUGCAGUUACCUGUGUGGCCUUCUCCAAGUCAAACGGUGGUGCCUAUCUGUGCGCUGUGGAUGACGCCAAUGACCACAUCCUGUCAGUGUGGGACUGGCAGAAAGAGAAGCAGCUGGCUGAUGUGAAGUGCUCCAAUGACUCUGUGCUGGGAGCCUCCUUUCACCCUAUGGAGGCUAACCUGAUUGUCACCUGUGGGAAGUCCCACCUCAACUUCUGGACCAUGGAGGGGAAUGUACUCACCAAGAGGCAGGGCCUGUUUGAGAAACACGAGAAGCCCAAGUACGUGCUGUGUGUCGCCUUCGCCGAGAACGGAGACGCCAUCACCGGAGAUUCCAGCGGGAAUAUCUACAUCUGGGGGAAAGGUGGGAGCCGGAUCAGCCAGGUGGUGGGGGGGGCCCACGAGGGUGGGAUCUUCUCCCUCUGCGUGCUGAAGGACGGGACGCUGGUGUCGGGGGGAGGGAAGGACCGACGCGUGGUGCUGUGGGACCACAACUACCACAAGAAGAGCGAGCUUGAGGUGUCUGAGAUGUUCGGGCCGGUUCGCUGCCUGGCCGAGGGGAAGCAGGACGGGCUGUUUGUGGGGACCACCCGAAACGCCAUCCUGCAGGGCUCCUUCUCCGGGGAGCUCAGACCAGUCGUGCAGGGCCACACGGACGAGCUGUGGGGCCUGGACUCCCACCCCACCCUGGAGCAGUUUGUGACCUGCGGCCAGGACAAGCUCGUCCACCUGUGGGACUCCGCCUCUCAUCAGCCCUUGUGGAGCAAGUACAUAGAGGAUCCUGCACGAUCUGCUGGUUUCCAUCCCAACGGAGCUGUUGUUGCUGUAGGAACCAUGACAGGAAGGUGGCUGGUGUUGGAUACCGACACCAGGGACCUGGUCUCGACGCACACUGACGGCAACGAGAUCAUCUCCAUCGUUAAAUACUCACCAGAUGGGGCCUACUUGGCAGUGGGAUCCCACGACAACUUUGUUUACAUCUAUGCUGUGACAGAGAAUGGCAGGAAGUACAGCCGUGCCGGGAAAUGCACGGGCCACUCCAGUUUUGUGACCCACGUGGACUGGUCCGCCGACAGCCAGUACAUCGUCACCAACUCAGGAGACUACGAGAUCUUAUUCUGGGAAGCCGCGAGUGGCAAACACCUGACCAGUGCAGACACUGUGCGGAACCUGGAGUGGGCCACCUCCACCUGCGUGCUGAGCUUUAGUGUGUUCGGUAUCUGGCCAGAUGGUGCUGAUGGUACAGAUAUCAACGCCGUGUGCAGGUCACAUGACGCCAAGCUCCUGGUCUCUGCCGACGAUUUUGGCAAAGUGCGCUUGUUCCCCAACCCCUGCUCACAGCCAAGGGCUCCAAGUCAUGUUUACAAAGGCCACAGCAGCCAUGUGACCAACGUUGCCUUUCUCCAUGACGACAGUCACCUGAUCUCUACCGGAGGGAAGGACAUGAGCAUCCUGCAGUGGUCGGUCGUCUAGGGAACUCUGCUGCACCUUCACUGGAGCCUCCUGUCCACUAGAGGGCAGGACUGCUGUGCCUACAACUGUCUUUACCCUGCUCUCCUACUCCUUGCUGUCUGAGUGUACUGUACUGUACUGUGCUGAGUAGCCACUAGAUGGGGCUCUGGCAAAAAAGAAAUAGCAUGUCAAGAAGAAUAUUUAAAGCUAUUUAAAGAGCUGUAGCUGCUACAUGUGCUGUUUGCAGAAGUCUAUAGCGAUAAAGAUAUAUAACCGAGUGGCUGUUGUAUUUUAAUAUUUAAAGUACUUAAUCUUGUUGUGGCACUAAGCACUUGAUGCGUAGAUAGAAGUAUGCUAAUGCUAGACUUGGCCUCUUUUGUUUUACUAAUAAAGUUUCUACUUGAGUUUGA